AUGAUAUUACCAUCAUAUACGAGACUUAUAAGGGUUGGGAGAGUAUGUGAUAGGCUACAGACCCCAUAUUCUUCGUCGUUCUUGGAUCGAACCUUCUUCACUUUACCAUCUUUUUCCUCUGGUUCAGAACCUAAUUUACAAACUUACAAAGUAACCAAAAGGGUCAAUGUAACUCCUGAACAAAUGUUCAACGUGGUUUCGAAUGUAUCAAGAUAUCAUGAGUUUGUUCCUUUUGUUGAAAAAUCUUCUAUAACCAAGAAAGAUCCUAAAUCUGAUUUACCAGUCGAAGGGGUUUUAAGGGUUGGCUGGCAACAGUUUGAUGAAGAGUUUACUAGUAAAAUACACUGUGUCCUAAAUGAGAAAGUUGCAGUAAAAUCAUUGACUAUACUGUUAUUUAAUAGUUUAAACACAGAAUGGAAUUUCAAAGAAAUGAAAAGUUCCCAUAUAAAAGAGCCUAGCUGUGAAGUGGAAUUAAAUUUGAAGUACAGCUUUAAAAACCCCUUAUAUAAUGCUAUUAGUUCAAUGUUUUCGGACCAAGUGACUAAAAUCAUGAUUAAAGCAUUUGAACAACGAGCCAUAGAAUCAAAAUUGAAGGAUAAAUUCAAAACUCGAGAUGUCAAGUUUUAA